AUGUCGAAACAUAAAGAGGAGCUCUUGAACAUUCUUGAAAACUUAAAAGAAGAUGACUUCAAGAAGUUCAAAUGGUUCCUGGAGCUGGAUGACGUCUUGGAGGGCUUUAAAGGCAUCCCAGUGGCUCAGCUGGAGAAAGCAGCAAGGCAGGACACAGUGGAUCUGAUGGUACAGAAACAUCAGGAUCAUGGAGCUCUGCAGCUAACCAAGAAGGUUUUAGAAAGGAUCAGAAGGAAUGAUCUGGUGCAGCGUUUACAAAACUUCCAACUAAGACCAAAAGUAGAUAGUCGUCAGCAGGAGGAUUUACAUACACAUAAGGACACUAUGAUAAGUACAUCUCAGCAAGUGAAUGAAGGACCUGAAGAAUCAGGGAGUGAGACUGAACUCAAUGAUAGCUACACUGAGGUCCACAUCACAGAGGGAAAGAUUGAAGAGGAUAAUGCUCAACAUGAAGUGAGGCAGCUUGACAUAGCUUCCAAGACAAAGGUCCUCCAUGACACUCCAAUCAAGUGCUACGACAUCUUUAAAGCCUUACCCAACCAACAGAAACGCAUCAGAACUGUUCUGACAAGCGGCGUCGCUGAGCUGAACUUGGUCAAAGAUGAGCCGCACAGUCUGCUCACGCUGAUCCGUGCUUUCUAUCCAACAUUAGAGAACAUCACAGCAGAGAUGCUUAAAUCUAAAGACUUUAAAGUUGUGUUCAUCUUUGACGGCCUGGAUGAAAGCAGACUGUCACUGGAUUUCAAAAACAGGAAGGAGGUCAUGUCUGAUGUCACAAAGGAGUCAUCAGUCAGCGUGCUGUUGAGAAAUCUCAUCGAGGGGAAUAUGCUUCCACGUGCUCUUGUCUGGAUCACUUCCAGACCUGCAGCAACCAAUCAGAUCCCUCGUAAAUGUUUUGACAGGAUAACAGAAGUACAAGGCUUCACUGACGUCCAGAAGGAGGAGUACUUCAAGAAGAGAUUCAGUGAAGAGCUGUCCAGCAAAAUCAUCUCACACAUCAAGACAUCCAGGAGCCUCCACACCAUGUGUACCAUCCCAGUCUUCUGCUGGAUCAUUGCUAGAGUUGUGAAGCUAAUGUUGACUCCAGACCAGAGAGGAGAGCUGCCCAAGACCCUGACUGACCUGUACUCACACUUCCUGGUGGUUCAGACAAAGAGGAAGAAGAACAAAUUUGAUGAGGGAACUGAGACGAGUCCACAUGAACUGACAGAGGCUGACAGUGAAUUUCUUCUGAAGCUGGGGAGACUGGCGUUUGAACAUCUGGAGAAAGGAAACAUCACGUUCUACCAAAAAGACCUGGAGCAGUGUGGCCUUGAUGUCAAAGAGGCCUCAGUGUUGUCAGGACUUCUUACAGAGAUCUUCAAAGCAGAGAGUGUGAUCUUCAAGAAAAAAGUUUACAGCUUUGUUCAUCUGAGUGUUCAGGAGUUUCUGGCUGCAGCCUACAUCUACCACUGUUGCACCAACAGGAAGACAGAGGUACUGAAAAAAUUCUUGGGAGAAGACUACAGUUUCUCAUAUCUAGAUGACUUCCUGAAGAGAGCCAUGGAGAAAUCUCUCCAAAGUAAAAAUGGCCACCUGGACCUGUUUGUUCGCUUCCUUCAUGGCCUCUCUCUGGAGUCCAACCAGAGUCUCUUAGGAGGCCUGUUGGGGUGGACAGAAAACAGUCCAGAAACCAUCCAGAGAGUCAUCAACAACCUGAAGGAGAUGAACAGUGAGGAUAUCUCUCCUGAUAGAAGCAUCAACAUCUUCCACUGUCUGAUGGAGAUGAAGGACGGCUCAGUACAUCAGGAGAUCCAAGCGUUCCUGAAGUCAGAGAACAGAUCAGAGAAGAGACUCUCUGAGAUCCACUGCUCAGCUCUGGCCUACAUGCUGCAGAUGUCAGAGAAGGUUCUGGAUAAGUUGGACCUGAAGAACUACAACACAUCAAUGGAGGGACAACAGAGACUGAUCCCAGCUGUGAGGAACUGCAGAAAGGCUCGACUUUCUGACUGUAGACUCUCAGAGACUCACUGUGAAGUUUUGGCCUCAGCUCUGAAGUCCAACCCUCAUCUGACAGAUCUGGACCUGAGUCUCAACAGACUGUCUGAUUCAGCAGUGAAGCGUCUGUCUGCUGGACUGGAGAGUCCAAACUGUAGACUUAAGACUCUGAGAUUGUGGGACUGCAGUUUUUCAGAGAUCAGCUGUGCUUCUCUGGUCUCAGCUCUGAAGUCCAACCCCUCCCAUCUGACAGAGCUGGAUCUGGGUAACAACGAGCUUCUGGACUUAGGACUGAAGCUGCUGUGUGAUUUUUUGAAAAGUCCAGACUGUAGACUGAAGAUUCUGAGAUUGAGGAGCUGCGGUAUGGCAGAGAUCAGCUGUGCUUAUCUGGUCUCAGCUCUGAAGUCCAACUCCUCCCAUCUGACAGAGCUGGAUCUGAGUGGAAACGACCUUCUGGACUCAGGACUGAAGCUGCUGUGUGAUUUUCUGAAGAGUCCAGACUGCAGACUGAAGACUCUGAGGUUGUACGGCUGCAGGUUGUCAGAGAUCAGCUGUGCUUCUCUGGUCUUAGCUCUGAAGUCCAACUCCUCCCAUCUGACAGAGCUGGAUCUUGGCUUUAACAAGCUCCAAGACUCAGGACUGAAGCUGCUGUGUGAUUUUCUGAAGAGUCCAGACUGUAGACUGGAGACUUUGAGAUUGGUCUGGUGCAGUUUGUCAGAGAUCAGCUGUGCUUCUCUGGCCUCAGCUCUGAAGUCCAACCCCUCCCAUCUGACAGAGCUGGAUCUGAGAUUGAACAAACUGAAUGAUUCAGAUGUGGAGCUGCUGUGUGAUCUCAAGGAGCGUCCAGACUACAGACUGGAGACUCUGAGGUGUGUGAGUUUGGAGCUCAGUGUGUUCACUCCAACACGUUAAUAUGAGAGCUGAAAGGAAGCAAGCUACGCUUCACAGCUGUUCCACUUCUGGUCUGA